UUAUCUAUCGGUCCGCGUCCGACCCCUCGGGAUUCACCGACCUCUUCUUCCAGCGGCGUCGGGCUCUGUUCGCCAACUUCAGCGCGCCGCCGUCGGGAGCUACGUCUGCUCACCUUCUGUCGUCGCCGGCUUUCUCCGAGGUUGGCUGUUGCAUCCUCUCCCUGCCCACUUAUUUCCACGCGGAUGACUCGGCAAUGUUUUAGGGUUUCUCGAUCGUGAUUGGAUUCGGAUAUUUUAUAUCGAUUAUAAUAAUGGUGAAUUCUUGAUGAUGCGGCCUUUGGGUUUUGGCGAUCCGAAGGGUAGAGUUGUAUAACAUUUUUGGGAUUGAGGUAGAAGAGAUUGGUGCUUCUGAUGGCAGCCCUUAAAGCUUUUUGGAACAGCCCUGUGGGUCCAAAAACAACUCAUUUUUGGGGACCAGUUGCCAAUUGGGGCUUCGUUAUUGCUGGUUUGGUAGACAUGCAGAAACCCCCAGAGAUGAUAUCUAGGAAUAUGACUUCAGCCAUGUGUGUCUACUCAGCACUUUUCAUGAGAUUUGCGUGGAUGGUAAAACCACGUAACUACUUGCUUCUUGCAUGCCAUGCCUCUAAUGAAUCAGUUCAGCUCUAUCAAUUAUCUCGUUGGGCAAAGGCACAAGGGUACCUUGAGAAGAAAGAGCCUGAAGGUCAGCACUAAGCUGUUACAUGAGCUUCUUCAAAAGAUUUCUCUGAAUAAGAAGGUUGGCUGUUUUUGACAUAAAUGGACCUACUCGAAGCUCAAUUGAUCCUAUAGACACCUGAGUUCAAUCUGGUUGUUGAUUCGUUUAGGAUCAGAUAAAGUUCCCCAUGCAGGGAGGGAUAUGGUACCGUUGAUGAGCAAAACUUUUGCUGCUUGGGAAUGUAAAACUACUUGGAAAUAUGACUAGUGUUUUUUAUGAAGUAUUGUGAUUAUGUUAACAAAGGUAUGACUGUCACCUUCUUGGGCAGCCUUUGUGAGUUUGCUAAAAUUAGCAAACACAAUCCACAAGUCUACGGUAAAUGGGAGAUUUUGGAUAGCAUCAGUGUGUAUAGAUGCAAUCUUAUGUUAAUUAUAUAGAUGUACUUAGUUGAUGCCUAAAAAUUUUUGGAUAGCAUCAGUGUGUAUAGAUGCAAUCUUAUGUUAAUUAUAUAGAUGUGCUUGGUUGAUGCCUAAAAAAAUGCAUCAGUGUGUAUCAGUUCCAUUUACGAAAAAUUAGGGAUUCGUAAUCUCAUUCGAUA